UUUUUUUUUUUUUUUUCAUUUUCUGGUUGUACUUUUUUUCCCAGUCGGCUCAAGCCUUCAUGUCAAUCUGUGGGUGUGUAUAUUGGACUAUUUUUGCCUGUUGUUAACGAUUCCCACCAUUGGCGACAUUUUACAUCAUGGGAGCUGUUUGUUGUACUGAACAUUCUCUCGAUCUCGAUGGUGAAGUGGAUCUUUCCCAUUUCACUCUAUUACGUUCCGUCGGCAAGGGCGCUUUUGGCAAAGUCCGUGUGGUUCAACAUAAACGGACGAAACAGCUGUAUGCAUUGAAAUACAUCAACAAGGCUAAAUGUAUACAAAUGCGGGCUGUGGAAAAUAUCAUCUCAGAAAGAAGUCUAUUGGAACAGAUCAAUCACGAACUUAUUGUCAACCUUCGCUACGCUUUUCAGGAUGACGAUAACCUGUUCAUGGUUCUGGAUUUAAUGCUAGGCGGUGAUUUACGUUUCCAUCUCGAUCGCCUAGGCACCAUGCCCGAAAAUUACGUCCAAUUCUAUGCCGCCGAAAUCUCCCAAACCCUCCAUUAUCUUCACUGUAAAAAUAUCGUUCACAGAGAUUUAAAACCUGAUAAUAUUCUUCUGGAUGAAUCCGGUCAUGUGCAUCUAACAGAUUUCAAUAUCGCCGUCCAAUUCAACGAGAACAAACCAUUAACGUCGAUCGCCGGUUCCAUGGCGUACAUAGCACCCGAAAUAUUAAUGAAACGUGGCUACUUUGCUUCGGUGGAUUGGUGGUCACUCGGCAUCGUGCUGUAUGAACUAUUGUUUGGCAAGCGUCCACUACGCGCGAAAACCAACGAAGCAUUACAACACGCUAUUCUGCAUGAUGCCAUUCACUUUCCCGAAACACAGCGCGUAUCACCGUUAGCCAUCGAUUUCAUCAAAGGUUUAUUGACCCGCGAUAUCACGCGCCGGUUGGGGCCUGGUGACAAAGGAUUCCAAAGAUUGACAUCGCAUCCCUGGUUAAAACAUAUUCAAUGGAAUCUCAUUGAAGAUAAAUUGUUGGAAGUCCCGUUCGUACCUGACAGUAAACGGGCCAAUUUUGAUCCUACGCACGAGUUGGAGGAAAUUUUAUUUGAGGAUAAUCCGCUCAAAGUACGAAAACGCAACUUGAAGCGAAGUGCCGAUUCCCACGCCAAUACGUCGCUCAAAAGUUCAGGCACCGAGUAUCAUAUCCCCGAGACGAGCCCUGAACGGCAAAUGAUGGAAGAUAAAUUUUUGACCUUUGAUUAUACCAAACCAGAAGAAAACGAACGACGGAAACAGGAAGUAGAACAACGGCGAUGGGCUCAAAAGAUGGCCAAGACCGAUUCGGAAAAACAAAUCACAAAUGGUUAUGCGACUACGCGAAAAGCAGCCGGCACCUACAAUACGAGCGUUCUCGAUGUCAUUAACCAAAAACCGCCUACCCCCUUGUCGGCAGCGGAUAUCUUGAAACUCGAAGAGCUAGCGCGUGCAGCACGGGCCAAUGGUGGUCAUAUGAAAAAGACAGGAUGGCGACCACCUUCCGGUAUCUUAUCGCAGGAUCAGGAUCUCUAUCAACCGAGAACCGCCGUACAGGCCCGUGAUGAAUACAUUCUCAAAGCCGGCGGAGUCCCUCCUCCUACCCGUCCUCCUCCUCCUAUUGCCAAACGUCCAGAAUACAUCCAUCCUCCACCCCAUCAUCAUCAUCAUCGCCGCAAUUCUUCCGAUGACAGUGUGCUAGAAGUGAUUCCCGCUUCCCCCGAAAACAUGUAUCGACCAAUCCUUUCCUCCACCACCACAGAAUCUUUGGUAUCUAGCGAGAAUUUGUCGCCACGACAGAUGGAAUGGGCACAUGAACCUGAACCAUCGUCGACUUUUCCUGCCGCACCGGCCAAUGCGCAUCGAAAACCUCCUUCGAUGCGAACUAUGUCGCAAUCUUCGAUGGCACCUGCCCCACCACCACCGACCUCUGCUUUACCACCUAUUCCUUCCGAAUUUACAUCCUUACCCAGUCUUUCUUCACCUCGUCGCCAAAGACCCAUGUACCAGUAGUAUCACAAUAGAACUCUCAAUAAUAUAUCUCUAUUCUAUACCAAUGUCAAAAACCCUCUAGAUUUUUGGCUUUUGAUGUAUUUUCCAAAUCAAUAAUAACUUGUGCUUUUUAAAUAAACUUCUUUCUUUUUGUAUGUG